CCCUGUACUUUGUAAUCCCCACAACUAUAGGCUACUGUAAGUGUCAGUGAUUUCUGAUUGGCUGGACGGCCCAGCUGUUAGUGGUUCAUUCACCAUUUUGUGACUGUAGUGGAAAAGGGACUCAGAUAGUUUUUCCCUCUCCUUUGAGUUGCCGUGAAAAAAGACAUGUUUUACGGAGGAAAAUAAAGUGAAAGCCCGGACAGACAGCAGCCAUGGACGGCAAUUCGAUUGUACUCCUGGUCGUACUAGAUAUUCCAACUGCAGACGGCACCAUAAAUCUGUCUGUCGCCAACUGAACCUUUCUGUUGGAACCCAGAAGGAGGGAGAAGGCCAGGUGGGAUUGACUGGACAAGGCUCUGGGAGAGUGGAAGGAGGUGGCAGAAGAGAAGCUGGGGAGCACUUUAACAUAAAAAGCCAAAUUACAGGAGCACUAAAGGCAGGGAUGAAGUCUGCUAAAAAGCCAGGGGGACGUUCCCCCCCCUCCACCCGGGCCAAGGGGGGCAAGAGGCGGGGGCCCGCUGAGACAGCGUCGGAGGGGGAGAGGCGAGAGAAGGCGAGGGACAGUCUUGAUGGAGCCCCACAAGAGUCCAGGAGACAGACCCCACCCAGAUCCCAGGACGAAACAGUUGGAUGCGGCGGCUCCUCGGACGGUGAGGGGCCCAGGGACCCAGGGCGACUGGAGGAUUGUGAGAAGCCGGGAGAUGACAGUGACAGGGGGAUCUCUAGAGUCGGGGGGGCACACAGGAGUGGAAGCAGCAGCAGCAGCAGCAACAACAACAACAACGGGGGCAGCAGCAGUAGCAGCUCGGGCAGCAGCCCCAACCCCCCCUCGAGCCGCAAGACGGCCACUUUCAAAGCCCGUGUGCCCAAGAAGAAGUACACAUAUGAGCACUGUACAGGAGCCGCGUCCAGUGCUACCCAUGGCAACGGCUAUGGCAUCAGCGGUGGGCAGCCCGCUGCCCCCAGUGCCAUGCCCGGUGAGGACAGUAUGGACACGGAUGGCCACAGCCACAACAGCGGCCUAGGAGACGAAUGUGCCUCUGGGGCCACCGCCGUCAGACCCCCUGCUGAGAGAGAGCGGGGCAUGGAGGGAGACGGGGAGGGAGACGGACCCCCGAACUCUGUGCGCUCAUCUUCCACAGACACAGCCAGCGAGCACUCGGCAGACCUUGAGGUCCUGGAGACGCAUAGCAACCCGCACCCCACUCUGAGCCCCACACGACCCUACUGCAGUCCCUCUGGGCCGGCCGUGCGGCCCAGCCCCACACGUAGCCCCACGCACAGAGACCCAGACCGGGACAGGGGCCUGCCCGCGGGGCUGGAGGAUGCGCUUGCCAAAGGACUGAAGAACCAGAGGAUAUUGGCCCGAUGCCGGCGUGGUGAUGGGGAAGGCAAAGGUGUGCCGGAGGGUGGGGCCCAGGGGCAGGAGGUGGGGCCUCGCUCCAGCGUGUACCGGGCAGGCGUAGUGCGUAGGGUGAGCGGUGAGCAACACAGCAUUGCCGUACAGCUCAAUGGCGAGAACUACCUGCGGCACUACCCCUUUCCCGGCGGGACGGCCCAGGGCGGCCCCGUGGACCUCAUUCUGGAUGCCUCCCCGCCGGGCUCCGCCCCGGUGGCAGUGGGGACACGUGUGGUGGUGCCAUUUGGGGGUGAGGGACAAGAGACAGCACGGCAGCUGUACAGGGAGGGUGUGGUGUCCCAGGUGGAUGGCCACCCGGCAGUGCCAUGCCGUGUGACGCUGUGUGAAGAUGCUGCCACACUGGCCGACGCCGACGCCGGUGAGGAGGAGCGGCGCAUGGCCACUGCACAGCUCGUCUGGGUGCCCUGGCAGCACCUGCGGCUGUUGGUGAACCCGUGGGAGCUGCCGCAGCCGGAGGCAGGUCGGGACCGCGAGCGAGAGGAGCGUGAGCACUGGGUGGACAUGGAGAUGGAGCUGGAGCGGGAGGUGAGCCAGCUGAGCAGUGGCAUGGCACUGGGCCGAGCUGCGGGGCCCCCUCUGGGUUGUGGCUUCCCAUCUGGGGGAGGGCCGGGUCGACACCUCAGCCGCCUGGCUGCUCCCCCCUCCUCGGGUGGCACACCCACUGGGCCGACGGUGGACAGGGAGCGGGACAGACAGAUCCAGAAGCAGCCGCAGAGCCUGGAGGAGGACAUCGAGGUGUCUGAGUUCAGCAUGGCCCGCCUUCAGGAGGACAGAGUAGCCGGCGAGGUGGGGGGUAAGACAGUGACACAGCACCCCAGGCACAUUCUCUCUAAGCCUCCCGGCUACCCCAGUUCUCACCACGCCCUGGGACGGGGCAUUGGCACCCCCAUGGGCACCCCACACCUUUCCCUCACCGCCAUGGCCGGCCCCCAGCCCCCGCCGUCUUCUGCGAUUUUGGGCCCAGAAGCAGGCGUUGGGUCGCCCCACCUGCCUCCGCUGCCAUCCUCGUCGGGGGCUCGCGGACCCGUGGUCCCGCUGGACAAGGCGGCGAGCUCAGGCACGCCGGGGGGUGGCGGCUCGGGCUCCACGUCCUCGUCGGCAUCGUCAUCGCGCUCUCGCACGCCUCUAACCGCGGCCCAGCAGAAGUACAAGAAGGGCGAUGUAGUGUGCACCCCCAACGGCAUCCGCAAGAAGUUUAACGGCAAACAAUGGCGCCGACUGUGCUCACGGGAGGGCUGUAUGAAGGAGUCGCAGCGCCGGGGCUACUGCUCACGCCACCUGUCCAUGCGCACCAAGGAGAUGGAGGGCGGGGCUGAGCGGGAGCGUGGGGGCGGAAGCAGCUCGGGCACCGUCACACCCUCUGACCUGAGGCUAGGUGGCGGCCGGGCCAGCAGUGAGUUUGACUGGGAUGAGACGUCACGGGACAGCAGCGAGGCCAGCAGCCGGGGCGACUCUAGGCCGCGUCUGGUGCUGCCAUCUCUGCUGCCACAGGACUUCUCGCGCUUUGACUUUGAUGAGUGCGAGGCGGCCACCAUGUUGGUGUCAUUGAGCAGCUCGCGCUCUGGCACCCCGUCCUUCUCGCCUGUGUCCAACCAGUCUCCCUUCUCCCCUGCCCCGUCGCCCUCGCCAUCGCCGCAUUUUGUCUUCCGGCCUGCCAACUUCAGCCCCAUCACUGCCCGCCGGCACCGGCACCAGAGCGGCACAGCCGGGGGUGGUGGCACGCCCAAGCUGGGCACACCGGGCUCCGAACGAGACCGGCACCCCCCAAGUAUCCCUCCUUCUUUCCAAACCAGCCUCACAUUCACCGUGCCCAUGAGCCCUGGCAAGCGCAAGACCGAUGCCCCCUUGCCACCACCUCCACCGUCGCAGGAUUACGGCAAAAUUGAGCAUGAGCAGGGCGACCCUGGGCUGGGCCUCACCACGGCGGCCUUCCGUGUGCUGUCGCCGCAGACACAGUCCCAUGCAACCUCUUUCUCACGGCCACGUGGGGUGACCACACCCUCCAGUCGACCCCCCUCCUCAGCCAACGCCUCGCCCCCACCGAUGCUGGUUUCCCCGACACCCCCCUCGCCCCUGCCACAGGAUGCAGGCCUUCGCCGCGUGGUGCCCGUGUCCCAGCAGCCGCUGCGCGACUCGCCUGUCAUUGUGCGCAACCCUGAUGUGCCACUUGCCAAGUUCACGGAGCGCCCCCUGGGCCGCGGGGGCGGGGUGGCCUCCCGCUCCAAAGAGCACAGCCAGACCCCCCAGCCAACCUCUGGCCUCCAGGUUCCUGUGCCCAUCAAUGCUGCCGCCGCCACCAACGGUACGGUCCUUCUGCGCAACCCCACACCCGCCCUGGUGUUGGUGUCCUCCGCCCCCUCACUACCCCCCAUGCCCUCAGGCCACCCUGCCCAGGCCAGCCCCGCUCUGGCCUGCAUCUCCGUCGCCGGUCCCACCUCCGGCUCAGCGCUCACCAACUCCGGCUCUGGGAGCCGGGACCGAGGCGGACACACGGGCCCCUUCGGAGGCCCAGUGCAGCAACCAGUGCCCUGCCAUCCAUCUCCCACUGCCCUGCUGCCCCUCAUCCUGCCAGCGGAGUCUCUGCACCCGGCCCCCUGCAAGGAUAUCAUCAUGGGCCGCCCCGGGACAGUAUGGACCAAUGUGGAGCCCCGGUCAGUGCCGGUAUUUCCUUGGCACUCAUUGGUCCCUUUUGUGGCACCCAGCCAGUCAGAUUCCUCAUCUCAGCCUGCUGAGGGCCAGCAGCCUGUCAACCACCCUCAAACAGCCAAUCAGAAUAAAGAAUUGCAGUGUAGCACGGUGUUGGUAAGCGAUGGGAACGUGGCAACCUCGACCCAGGAGAGAGGACCCCCACCACGACCCACUCCACCUGCCGAGGAACCACCUCCAGAGAGGGAGAAGGAGCGAGAGAGGGAAACGGAACGAGAGAGGGGCGACAGCGAGACAGAGAGCGAUGUGGAUGACCCGUUCUUCCCGGGUGUUGUCCCGGAAACCCCCCUGUCGGUGUCCCCGGUCAAGAGACGCACCCAGUCCCUCAGUGCCCUGCCCAAGGACAGUGACAAGAACAGCCCUGGCAAGAGAGAGAAGGACCACAUCCGGCGGCCGAUGAACGCCUUCAUGAUCUUCAGUAAGAGGCAUCGGGCUUUGGUGCACCAGCGGCACCCUAAUCAGGACAAUCGCACAGUCAGCAAGAUCCUGGGGGAGUGGUGGUACGCACUGGGCCCCAAGGAGAAGCAGAAGUACCAUGACCUCGCCUUCCAGGUGAAGGAGGCCCAUUUCAAGGCACACCCAGACUGGAAGUGGUGCAAUAAGGACCGCAAGAAGUCAAGCUCCGAGGGUCGUGGUGUUCCUGGAGGCAAGGAUGUGCGGGAGAGGAGCAUGUCGGAGACCACAGAACCUCCAUCCGUCUCCCUUGGGGUAGACUUGAAGGGGGUGGGGCCUGGUCUGGUGGGUGUGGCUGAGAGGAACCUGGGGGAGGGGCCUGUGGGACAGCUUCCCCGCCCCCGGGCAUUCUCCCAGAGUGCUGUGCACAGCCUGGAGCGCAGUGAGAGGGGGAACACACAGGCGCUGGCCGAACUGGCACAGAUGUGCGGGGAUGGGAGCGGGCAGUUCUCGGGUCGCACCCCGGUCCAUACGCGGUCCCACCGCGAGGUCAGCGAGGACAUGACCAGCGACGAGGAGCGCAUGGUGAUCUGUGAGGAAGAAGGCGACGACGAUGUCAUUGAGGACUCCUACCCAGGAAGCUCUAUUGACCUGAAGUGUAAAGAGAGGGUGACCGACAGCGACAGUGAGAACGGCUCUGGGGACGAGGCAGACCGCAAGCAGCGCGUCUUCGCCCCAGUCAUCUGCUCCUCCUCCUCGUCCCCAUCAGCCUCCUCACUAGGCAGGAGCGCGUCACUCUCCUCUUACCCCAUCAAGCGCUACAUGGACACCGGGGGCAGUGGCUCUGAGCGCAAGAGGAAACGGGGGAUGGAGAGUGGCGGGGGAGGGGGCAUGGGCGAUGGCGGCGGGGGGCCCAAGGAGGGCAUUGGAGUGGCCGAUGGCGGAGUGGCUCCCUCCCAGGCACCAUCCUCCUCCAACCAGUCAGUCAUCGCCAGUUCUGGGGCCAUAGCUCCUCCCCUGUCCCCUGCAGCCCCCCUGGGCCUGUCCCCGCUGGCAGGGGGUCUGGGUGCAGUUCGAAUGGCCAACACGGUUGUGACCAACGUGGUGCGGCCCGUGGUCAGCACACCUGUCCCCAUCGCCAGCAAGCCCCGCGAAGGAGGGGCCGCCUCCAGCCCCCUGCCCCCCGACAGGAAACCCACCCCGACACAGACCCAGCUGCUGAUAGGAGCAGGAGCUGGAGGAGGAGGCGGGGCAGCCGGAGGGGGUGGGUACUACUCUGCAUCCUCCCCUAACCCUGUAGUCACAGGGACGUCGGGGGGCGGGCCAGGAGGGCUAGUCACCAAUCUGGUUCUGGGAAGCACAUUCCCUGCCCAGCUCAUUGCCCCUUCCCAGCCGCCACCUCAACCCCUGCCUGCCCCCGCUCACGGCCAUAAUAAUGGCCCCCUGCCCCUCUCCUUGCUUCAGCCCCAGUUCCUCCCUGCUCCUCCGCUGGCCCCCACGUGUGGGAGCAAGGCCAUCACGCAAGUGCAGUAUAUUCUGCCCACCCUGCCUGCCAGCACCAACCCCAAGAGCCCCUCCCCUCAGCAGCCAAACCAGCAAAGCAGUGUCUUCACCCUGCCCUCGGCCCCUCCCGCAAAUGUCUCCUUGGCCAAUGGGAAGCAGUCUGGGGCGGGGCAGGUGGCAGGAUAUGCCCCAAGUCCAGCAGUGGGAGUGGUCAGCCCUGGAACCGGAGUGCAAACACAGGGCAAGAUGCUGGUCCCCAUGGCAACGGUGCGGGCGGCGCCGGCCCCCAGCCAGCCCUUUCCCCUGGUGACGCCAACGGUGCCUGUGCCUGUGCAGAACGGCUCCCAGCACGGGAGCAAGAUUAUCCAGAUCGCUCCGAUGCCUGUCGUUCAGUCACAGCUCCCAUCUGGGGGGGCAGUGCAUCCUGGUAGCCCCUUUCCCGUUUCCAUGGGGACGGCCACAAUGAUGACUCCAGGCUCCGCCCCCUCUCAGACUGUGUUGCUGCCACCCCCGGCCACAAGGAUCACCUAUGUUCAGUCCACUCCUGGGGGUCCUGCCUCUUUACCCUUGGUUUCCACAACAACUGGUUCCUCCCUACACCAGGGCCCUCCCCCUCCCGGGUCGGCCUAUGUACCCCCAUCGCUGGCGACAUUGGGGUUCACUGCCAUAGCGCCCCCAGGUCAAACCCUGGUACAGCCCCUUAUAGCAGGUCAAACACCACUUUUGGCUUCUGCUCAGUCUCCAAACUGCCCCCCGAUUUCGUCGCUGCCAGCCCCUGCCUCUGGGGGUGGGGGGCAGAUAGUUACUGCCAUUUACCCUCCACCCAGCGUCACCCUGGCAACAGGGGUGGUGUCCGUGGCGGCAGUGCCCCCCAGCGUGGUGUACACUGUGUCCAGCCCCUCCACCCUCUCCCCGCACAUCCUGCCUAAGCACACGCAGCCCCACGCCGACAGGACAGGGGCGCACGCCGGGGCGGAGAGGCAGGGCCACCCGCAGCCGGAUAGGCACACCGAUGUGCAGGUGUACUCGCAGCUGGACAGGCCGCCACGCGCACAGGCGCACUCACCCCUGGAGAGACAGCCUCACUCUCAGUCCUCCAGCAAGCUAAGCGGAAGCACAGUACAGACCUCUAGUGGUUCAGGAGCGUCCCUACGGGCUAGCAGCCCCUCCGUGCCCUUGCAUACUGCAGGCAGUGCUCCGGGCACCCCCAAAUUACCCUCUGUUCAGACAAGGACCCCUCAGAAAGUGAAAGCUGCAGUCGCUAGUAUCCCUGUGGGGAGCUAUGAAGGAGGGGGGCGGGGGAAGGAGAGAGAUAGAGAGAGGGAGAAGGAGCGCGAGAGGGAGAGAGAGAAGGAGAGCGUUAGUGGGGGGAGCAGCCGAUUCCCAUUCGAGAUGGAGCGGCUUGGGGACGUCGGCUCUCCUGCACCCCACCCUCCAGAAGAGGGACCUUCAGACGGGCCCCCGGAGGGCCACGGGGUGGGGGACAGCGCUCCUAGCCGUGGCAAGGAGGGAGGUCCCAAGGAGGCUGGAUGGAGGGAUUCCCUCCCAUCCUCUCCUUUGCCCCCUCCGCCCGGUCCUGACCCCCCACUGCCACCUCCACAGAGCGACAAAGAUGCUCCCCCUCCCAAGAAGGUUAAGGCUCGCCCUCCACCACUGAAGAAGACCUUUGACUCUGUGGACAAGGUCCUGUCAGAGGUGGCGUUCGAGGAGCGCUUUGCCGAGCUGCCGGAGUUCCGACCGGAAGAGGUGCUACCAUCCCCCACGCUGCAGAGCCUGGCUACCUCGCCGCGUGCCAUCUUGGGCAGCUACCGCAGGAAGAGGAAGAACUCCACCGACCUGGACUCGUCCACAGAGGAUCCUGUCUCGCCCAAGAGGAAGAGCCGGCGCCGGUCCAGCUGCAGCUCGGAGCCCAACACACCCAAAAGUGCUGCCAAGUGCGAGGGUGACAUCUUCACCUUUGAGCGGCCUGGUGAGUGUCCCCUGCAGCCCUGCUGGGUGGGUGGGGCUUGCUCCCCAUGGGCUCUCCUGAUGGCCCCGUCUGCUGACACAGGAACUGACGGCGAGGACAUCCUGGGGGAGCUGGAGUUUGACAAGGUGCCAUACUCAUCCCUGCGCCGGACCCUGGACCAGAGACGGGCGUUGGUCAUGCAGCUCUUUCAGGAACAUGGCUUCUUCCCCACAGCUCAGGCCACAGCCGCCUUCCAGGCCCGCUAUGUGGAGAUCUUCCCCACCAAGGUGUGCCUGCAAUUGAAGAUCCGCGAGGUCCGGCAGAAGAUCAUGCAGACGGCAGUGCCCUCCGAACCCGGCUGCUCGGGGCUUGGAGCUGCCGGUGGGAUUUCGGACCUGGUCUCCCUCCCAGGACCCUCUGGCGGCCCGUCAGCCGAAGGAGGGGUAGGGGUGGAGCUGUCAGAGAAGGAAGCAGCAUUGGAGAGAGCACACAGCCCUGGAGAGCACCGUGGGGGCGCCAGCGAGUCGCAGGAGUCUAGCAGAUGAGCCCGGCAGGAGGUGGGACAGGUUGAUGGAUGGCUGCUGGCCCCGUGCACCCCCCCCACCCCCCAAAAAAGCCUAGCUUUCCACCUGUGCCUGGACCUGCCUGUCUCGUCGGCCCAGAGUGCCAGCUCAGAAAGCAGCGGCGGGGGGUGGGGGUGGGUUGUUUUGGAAGGGCGUCGCGUGAAGGGAGACGGAUGAGGUUUUCGGAAGUGAACACACUGGGUUUCUUUUCCUCAGAGACUCUUUAUGCGCAGCACAGGCCUCUUCUCACUGCCGGCUGAAAUACGGAGACGCAGAAUGGACGAGUUGCCACUGCUAGCACAGUCCGGCCUGGCCUGGCCGGGCACGUGGCACUAUACAGGACACAUGCGGGGUCCUGGACCAGCGUGGCUUCAUUCAGUCUUUUUACAGGCAGUCAUUCAUUUUUAUUUUUUUUAAAUGAGGGUGAGAGGAAAGUAGUUAUUUGGUUACUAAAGGGGGUGGGGUCUAGUUCUUCCACCUGUCACUGGCUCAUUUAGCUCUGCAGGACAUUGAAAGACUGAGCCCCAUUGACUGGAGAUCACAUUGAUGAAUGGAGAACCACACAUACUCCUUGUUCCAUUUGGCUCCGCCUCUUUAAAUAAAUGUACUAGCUCCUCCCACUCCACAGUAGCAGGCAAUCAGGGCCAGUUACUUGAGAGCUCCGGGGGGAGCUCGGAGUUUCUGCCUUCCUGUGAUUGGCCAAAUUGGACGGCCAUGAAGGAAGCGGGGGAUCCGUGAACGCCGCUCUCGGGCCCUGACUGUUCAGCCCGGCAGUGACUAAGAUUAAAUUGAACUCAAAUCUAAACAAACCUAACAGAGGGAUGAAGAAGAGGAAGGACUUAUUUCCCCUGAAGGCAAGCAGAGUGUUUUAACUUUUUAAAGGAAUAUAAACUUGAUUUUAAAUUGACUCACGUGAUUCUCAAGUUCAUUAUAUUAUUAUUAUUAUUAUUAUUAUUAUUAUUGUUCUUACUGUUAUUGUGGAUUGGUAUUACCCACAGAAUUAGCCCUCACUGCUGUUUUGUUUUCUCAUCUUAUCCUUUGUUUGUGUUUUGGAGAGCAUGCAUGAAGGACAGCCACUCUCCUCUCUCACUCCUCCUUUGUCUUCCCUCUUUAAAUUCUCCCCUUCUCCUUACAGUGCGUGGCGUUUGGAGGGGAGUAACUGCUUAAAAAACAUAAGAUUAUUUUGAUAUUCUUGGCGAACCUCGUGACCCCCGCCCCCCGCCCCUGUGCUGCCAUCGCUGUCCCCCUCCUCGUUCGUCUUGUCACUUUAUUGCUCUGUCCCACGCCCUCCUGUGGGCGAGUGUGGCAUGAGUGUUUAUGGGCAGGGAGCCUGGCUUGGUAUUUGGCUGUCCCUUGUGCAGGAACGGGUUGUGUUGUACAUAUUUACUGUAGAGUCACGGGACUCGUUAUAAAAAUCCAGAAAAAAAUGCAUAAUUGAAUAUUAAAAACGCCGUUACCGAAAAUAAAACUGUAAAAUAAAAAAAAAAUAAAUGACUAUGACUAUUAACAGUUGUGUUACUCCUUGUUUUACUGAGGAAAUAUACAAAGUCUAUAUUAAUAACUUUUUAGUUGGUUUCUUUCAGUAAUCAAAGUAGCCGUAAGAUAGCGGCUUAUUACGGUCAGGAUUUAAUAGCGCUUUAUAAGGACUGAAGAGAAGAACUAUGGGAAAAAUAUGUCCAUAGGACAAGAUGAAAAUGAAGAUCCGUUGGCUUCUUUCUUGUGUGGAAAUCUGGAAUAAAAUGUGAUUGAUCAUGGCUGCUGCACACAUGUGUGUUUGCUCCUUGAUCAUCAGUUAUGAUGAUAAAAGGGGUCUUGGUUUCUAAAUGGGCAUGUUGACCAUGUGCAAUAUUUCUUACAUAGAAAGCAGCAUAAAAUGACAAUAAAGAUUUAACACAGCA